AUGAUGAGUUACUACAUGGAUCCAGUUUCUUCCUAUCCGGCCCUUCACCCCUGUGACCGUCUGGCCGCAAUGAGACAGAGUACAGGGGCUGCCAUGGGUCUGCAAUUGCAUCUCCUUGCUUCAGUCCAACCCCAGCAGCAGUACUACCCUUCCCAGUCACUCUACGCUCAUGAUGUUCCCCUUCAGGAGGUCCCUAAUGGACAUGACAUGUGUCCCACAGAUCCGGAGUGUGGAGAUGUUCCCCUACUAACUCCUGGAAGUAAAGAGAUGAUGUCACAAGCUCUAAAGGCUACGUUCAGUGGCUUCACCAAAGAACAACAGCGACUGGGUAUCCCCAAAGAUCCCAGACAGUGGACAGAAAACCAUGUUGCAGCAUGGCUAACUUGGACUGUGAAUGAGUUCAGCCUGAAGAAUGUGGAUUUUGACAGAUUUUGCAUGAAUGGCGGCAGCCUUUGUGCCAUGGGCAAAGAGCGCUUCCUGGACUUAGCACCCGACUUUGUGGGUGACAUCCUUUGGGAACAUUUAGAAAUGCUUCAAAAAGAAGAUACAAAGCAUUACACCAACAACGGACUGACCUCCAACUUCCAGGAAUCCCGUUAUACCUCAGACUACUUUGUCAGCUAUGGCGUUGAGCAUGCCCAGUGCGUUCCCCCCUCUGAAUACUCUGAGCCCAGCUUCAUCACAGAGUCCUACCAGACGCUUCAUCCUAUCAGCUCAGAAGAAUUACUGACACUGAAGUACGAGAGCGAAUACCCCACUGUCAUCCUUCGGGACACGCCCCUGAACCCACUGCAGGUCGACUACUUCUCUGUCAAACAGGAAGUGGUAUCCCCUGACAACAUGUGUGUGGGACGUCUGAGCAGAGGUAAGCUGGGUGGACAGGACUCUUUUGAAAGUAUCGAGAGCUUUGAAAGCUGCGACCGUUUGACGCAGUCCUGGAGCAGCCAGUCAUCUUUCAGCAGUCUACAGCGGGUACCUUCGUAUGACAGCUUCGACUCAGAGGAUUACCCAACAGCUUUACACGGCCACAAGCCCAAAGGCACUUUUAAAGACUAUGUGAGGGAACGUUCGGACCUCAGCAAAGACAAACCCGUCAUUCCAGCAGCAGCACUGGCAGGAUACACAGGCACGGGUCCUAUCCAGCUGUGGCAGUUUCUCCUGGAGCUGCUGACCGAUAAGUCUUGCCAGUCCUUCAUCAGCUGGACAGGCGACGGCUGGGAGUUCAAGCUUUCCGACCCAGAUGAGGUUGCUCGCAGGUGGGGAAAGAGGAAAAACAAGCCCAAGAUGAACUAUGAGAAGCUUAGCCGUGGCCUGCGCUACUACUAUGAUAAAAACAUCAUCCACAAGACAUCGGGGAAGCGCUAUGUGUACCGCUUUGUUUGUGACUUAAAAAGCUUGCUGGGCUACACUCCUGAGGAGCUGCACGCCAUGUUGGACGUAAAGCCGGACACGGACGAGUAA